GUUAACGGCAUCUGGAGCACAUACUCGACGUUUCCAUCGUGUAAUCAGACACAACGCUGCCUUGGGUUUCCCCUUGCUUCGUCGGUGCGCGGCGCGUUGGCCCCCUCUCCUCCUUCGGCUGUGUCACAUUACUCUGAGCCGCUGAUGAUGAACAGCUGGGCAUGCCUGAAAAUUUGCAUAACCCCAUAUUCUGCCUGUCUGUAUAUAACACAGUCGCCCCAGUACUUUCCUCGUGAUGGGCCUUUUGCAUUCACCAAGAAGAAUUCCAGAAUACCUUGAACUACGCUUACUUACCACUGACUAAUAAUAACCUUCACACACGUGCCUUCACUUGCCACCAUUUUGAUCGACCUCACCCCCGACAGUCUUGUUUUGGGAAACCCGGAGUGACCAAUCACAAAUACUUACCGCGGUCGACCAUCUACUGUACACAUCUUCCACACUCCCUCGUACGGAGUGACACAUCAACACAACCACAAACGCACACAAUGUCGGUAUCAACAUCCUCAUCAUCGGCGAGAUAUUCCAUCGUCGAACCACACCCCUCCGUCCCGUCGUCGCACUACUUCUCCACCGGCAGGGGCGGCGCCGGAAACGUCACCCGCGCACCACCCAGCACCACACCAGGCACCGACGCAACGGGUCCCGCUGCCCGGGUCAACCUCACCACGCCCACACACCCGCGGAAGAACUUCGUCGCCGGUCGCGGGGGCGCAGGAAACGUCCACCCGAGCUCCGAGCGCGCCAUCUUCAGCUUCGACGAGGAACUCGAGCGGCAGCUGUCCCAAGACAGACACGCCGCGCCCGUGUACCACGUCGGUCGUGGCGGGGCGGGCAACCUCGCCGGUGCCGGCAGCCGCAGCAGCACCUCGUCGUCGUCAGCAAGCCAGAAAGUAUGGCUUGACGGCAGUGUGGGUGGUGGUGGCCAGAGUUCAAGGAGAAGGUCCAGCGACCAAAGCUUCGCCAGCCACAGUUCAACGGGCAGCGAGAGCGGCGCCGACGCUUUCAACCGUGGAGUCAAGAAGCGCUGGAACAAGUUGAUCGGCGUCGGCUACUACAUGACUGGCUGACGAUGGGCAUCGCUCUCGACCCUUGUUGAGCUUGAUUCUUUUAUUGGCGCGGCGUUUGGAACUUCUGACGAUUGGAAAAUCGAAUUAUGGCGUCUUUGCGGAACAUCUAUGGGCAGUUUGGGCACAAUGGCCCGAUGCUCACAAAGCAUGGGACUAAAUGUAUCAUGACGGUAUGGGUGCAUCAAGCGGGAAAUAGGGUUAGCAAACUCAGCAUUUGGUGCCCUAUGGUUAUCAAGGCAUCACAGGAGCAUGAAGGAUUGCUUUACCGUCUCAACAGAAUGGCAGGGGUACUCCCACCUAACGACUUCAUGACUACAAAAGUACGAUUCAUGCUCUAGCAUAGCACGUUAAUCAAUCAGUUUUGUCUGUUCAGAA